AUGACCGGGAAGAUUGUUAUCCAGAAGUUUGCAAACGAAAAUGGUGAAUUCAAGAGAUUACCUUCCUCAUUCCGAAACACCAUCUCUAAAGAAGGACCACAUAUCCCAGCUGCAAAUAGAUACCAUUUAUACGUUUCCUAUGCAUGUCCUUGGGCACAUCGAACAUUGAUAACGCGUGCUUUGAAGGGAUUGACUGGAAUCAUUGGUGUUUCCGUUGUUCACUGGCAUAUGGAUAACAAUGGUUGGAGAUUUGCAACUGAAGAGGAACAAAAAACAGAGGCACGGGGCUCUACUUCCGAGCCAUUCUAUGGCUUUAAAAGGAUUAAGGAACUAUAUUUCAAAGCAAAUCCAGGUUACGAAGGCAGAUUCACAGUUCCCGUACUAUGGGACAAAGAAUUAGAAACUAUUGUUAAUAAUGAAAGCUCUGAAAUAAUUCGUAUUUUGAACACCGAAUUUAACGAUUUGAUUGCAGAUGAGUAUAGAAAAAUUGAUAUCUAUCCAGAGGCAUUCAGGAAAGAAAUCGAAGAGAUGAAUGCAUGGGUGUACUCUGAUAUCAACAAUGGGGUCUACAAGUCUGGGUUUGCGACUAAACAAGAACCAUAUGAAAGAGAAGUUAAGAAUGUUUUUGAAAGCUUGGAUAGACUCGAGAAUAUUUUGAAGGAAAAACAUGAAAAUAGUAAAGAAUAUCUAUUUGGUAAUCACAUCACUGAAGCGGAUAUCAGGUUAUACCCUACUUUGGUCAGAUUUGAUCCAGUCUAUCACCAACAUUUUAAAUGUAACAUCAGAAUGAUUAGACAUGAUUAUCCACACAUUCAUCAGUAUCUGAGAAACCUUUAUUGGAAUCACGAUGCAUUCAAAUCUACAACCAACUUUGAUCAUAUUAAAUUUCACUAUACCAAAUCUCAUCCCUCGAUUAAUCCUCAUGGUAUCACACCACUUGGUCCUGUUCCACAUAUUUUACCUUUAUAG